AUGGGUUGGAAUCCUUUUGCCGCCAAGUCGAACAACCCCCUCGACAAUGUCGAGCUUCCCGCCGACGCAGCAGUUCCCGACGCCCCUCAACAGCCUGGUGGAGUCAAAGAAGUCGAAAAAGCCGCAAAACAGAGCGGAUCCGGCGGCGCUCAGAAUAUUGCUGCUCUUUCUGCUUCAUUUUCGGACAUGGGAAACUCCAUGGCCGAGUUUUCCAACAUUGUCAGCGAUUUGAAAAGAAGUGGUCAAUGGAACGAAGCGAUCAAGAUCAUGAGCCAACACGAAGCCACCCAGCAAGAAAAGUACAAAGCGCAGUCUGAAGAACACAAGCUCCAGAUCGAACAGCUCAAAGCUGGAGCUUUGAGAGAGCAAAACCAGGCCGAACUUGAGCGAAGAAAACAUCAACACGAAAUGGACAUGAAAAAGGUCCAAUAUCAAGAUCAACUGGCGCAGAAAAGAAAGGAAAAAGAAAUGGCCAUGGAAUUAGAAAAGCAAAGACUAGCGGAGGAGCAGAGAUUGGCUUCCUUGGAAAAAGAAGAGUCCAUCAGAAGACAAACGAUCUUAUGGCAGCAAGAAGAAGAGCUGAAAAAAGAAGGCCAAAAGGCAAAAAUCCACGCUAGGGCAAUGGCCGAAGUUGAGCGAGAAAACCACGACCUUCGGAUGGAACAGAAACGCCUCGAAGCCAAAGAGCGAGGCAAAGCAGACGCUGAAGUUGGAAAGGAAUCUGCGAAAUUGCGAAUGGAGUUGUUCAAGAGAUUGAUGCAGAAUCAGGAUGGUAUGCUGACGAACGCGGCUAUUUCUGGCGCGGGAUUGAUUUGCGCCUUCUUUGCGUUUAAAAAUGCCUUUGGAUUUGGAUUCAGACAUUUGGAAGCGAUCACUACCAAACCUAAUCUAGUGCAAGAAACGUCGCGAAAAGCCUGGAACACAGUCAUCCCCAGUCUCAUAAAACAAAUGCGAGGGCAAACGGUGAAACGGCCCAAUUAUAUUUUCAGCGAAAAAGUCCAAGCUAAAGUCGAAGACAUCAAAUUAGUUACAAGAAACGCGUUGAUCAAUAAACAAGCGCAUCGAAAUGUAUUACUGUAUGGACCUCCUGGGACGGGAAAGACGUUGUAUGCAAAAUCGCUGGCUACUGAUGCUAAUAUGCAGUAUGCGAUCAUGUCUGGCGGUGAUGUGGCUCCUCUUGGCGCUCAAGCGACUUAUGAACUCAACAAAUUAUUUAACUGGGCUGACAAGUCAAAGAAGGGCCUGGUCUUGUUUAUUGACGAAGCGGAAGCGUUUUUGCGACCAAGAGAUGAAAACAUGUCCCCAGAGUUGCGAUCAGUCAUCAACACCUUCCUCGCGCGAACUGGUGAACCAAGCAACAAAAUGCAAAUCGUCCUUGCAACGAACCAGGUUAACCAGCUUGACUCGGCCGUGUUAGAUCGAAUGAAUGAGCUUCUCGAAAUCCCCCUUCCAGAGUUUCCCGAGCGUGAAGCCAUGCUCAAACAAUACAUUUUGCGACGGGGCACCAAAUCUCUCUCGAACAAAAGGCUCUUCUCAUAA